AAUCAUGCAGUCAGACACCCGUCCCCUCGUUCCACAUCCCAGCCUGGUGUCAAGUUUUGAGCUUUCCUGCCUCCGGAGAGGCAGAAUCAUCAUCAGCUGUGACAGCGCAGAGAGAGGUGAGGCGAACCAUGUGACUGUGGGGUAUCAGGAGAGAUUAAUGGAUAGGUAGGAGUGUGUCUGUUACUCUCUGGGUAGAUUGCUGUCUCUCGGUCAUCGAGACUGACCUGAUUUGAACUGCCAUUCCCCCCAACCCGGUGAUAACGUAGACUUUACACUACAUCAUCAGUUGCUCGUGGAACUGCAAUGGCACUGCUUCCACAAGUGGAGGCAGAACACUUUGACGGGCUAUCACUCCUCUACUGGACAAUAAUGGGGCCCCAUGGCAUCAACCGUGCUGUGGAGAGACUAGAGUUUACAGACUGUAAAAAAGGGCUUGGUGUGAAGAUUAUUGGGGGCUACAGGGAACAGAGCGGUGAAGAGUUCGGAAUUUUCAUUAAACGAAUUUUGCCAGGUGGUGUGGCAGCACAGGACGGGCGUCUUAGAGCAGGGGACCUCAUUUUAGAUGUCAACAACAUGAAUUUAGGAGGUGUUACAAAUGAAAAGGCAGUGGAAGUUCUUCGCAUGGCGUCAGCUUCAAAUCACAUGUCUUUACUGAUAGUGCGCGACGAUGCUUCCAGGAGGGAAUUUGUUGAGUUAAUGGAAAAAUAUGGCUCCAGCAGUAGUACCAGCUCCGGAUCAGACACUUCUGUUUCCACAGGAAAGUUGACCGACACUGCCUCCUCCUCCUCAUCUUCCAGAUCAACCAGUCCUCUGCUUCUGAGCCCUAAAGACCCCAACCCAGUAUACACCACUGCCUGCAUUACCUCCCCACCUCCACAAGUCUGCACAGACUGCAUGAUUCAGUUGAUAUGUGUUGCCAAAGGGACAGGAUUAGGCUUGGUCAUCAGGGGCGGAGCUAACCGUGCAGAGGGGCCAAUGGUGUGUGUUCAGGAAAUAAUUCAAGGAAGCGAUUGCCAAAAGGAUGGGAGACUAAAGGCUGGCGAUCAGCUCAUAUCCAUCAAUAAGGAAUCACUCAUUGGAGUGACACACGAAGAAGCCAAAAGCAUACUCACUCAAACGAAACUCAGACCAGACCCUACAGUAGAGAUAGCAUUCAUCAGACGAAGGUCUUCAUCAGGCUCCAGUAGUGGACCACACAGCCCGAUCUCCCUUCAGCCUCCCUGCAGUACAGCCCCCCAACUUAGGCCCGCUGGACUGGGCGGAACAACUCUGCCCGGAGGUCUCGUUCCUAAGAUUGCCAACACCCCCAACUCUGGAAGCGAGACUUUGCCUUCUGUAGAACUUAUUAAGGUACGACCAGCAACAGGAAAGCCUAAUCCCAGCCCUGUGUCCUCACCUGACAGUGCCUGCACCACAGUGGCCAACUCUGAUGCAACUGCUGCCUGUAAUCCCAGCAAUUCCUGCAGACCUUCAAAACAUCUAUCCUCCACUCCCAGCUUUGAGAAAAUAGAGCAGGCACUGGACAUGGACAUGCUGGGAUUGAAGCCUACUGAGUCUCAGGUCCUGACACUGGGAGAAAGGCUGCGUCUGAGCCCAGGAGGGACAGUGGCUUAUGGAGAUUUCGAGAGAGUUGCAAAGGAACUCUUUAAACUACCAUCCAAAUCUGACUCGGAACAGGAAGUAGCAAGAUUGAUAUCAGAUGGUUUUAAUGAGCCUCCAUCAAACCCUACGCCAUCGUUAUCCGACUCUGAUGAUCUGGAUGAGAUGGAGAGACUAAGAAAUGAGCACGUUGAGGUCUUAAGAGUGCUCAAGAAACUGCAGGAUAAGCAGACAGAAUCCGAGAGCCUUAAUCAUAAGAUGCAGCAGGAACUGACAAAAGUUAAACAGGAAGCAAAAUCUGCAGUGGAGGAGAGUCGAUCCCUGUGGACCCAGAUCCAUCUGGCAGAGGCAGCUCAGAAACAGGCCCGGGGAAUGGAGAUAGACUACGAGGAGGUUAUCCAUCUCCUGGAGGCUGAGAUAGCUGAAAUGAAAUCUCAGAAAACUGAGCAACCCAGUCAUGAAAAGGAGGAUCUGCAAGAUCUGAAAAAAAGGAUUUCUGUACUCGAAUGCCAGCUACGAAAGAGUGAAACUGCAAGGAAAGGUUUUGAAGUCUCUACGGGUAAACUUCUACAGUUUGUGGAGGCUGUCCAAGGCUUCCUGUCUGAAAACCAAAGCGGUUCAAGAGGCUACAGUUCUUCCAGCAAUCCAAAGUUGGCCACUCUGUCUCAGACCUUGCCAUCUCGAGGUGGGAAGAAACCACCUUGGACAGCAUCUGCUCUUGCUGUGGAAGCGAAUGAACUAACUAAUACUGUCAGAGGCAUUCUAGAGCUCGACUGUGUACCUUUUGUCUGGGGUGAGGCGUACACUGCGGGUGGAGUGAAGUACUACGUAAAUCAUGUAACUCAGACAACAUCAUGGACGCACCCUGUAAUGAGAUCUUUGGGUCUGUCAGAACCAGGAACAAAUGACGAAAGCCUGAACUCUCCAGAAUCCACAGCCUAGACUGAUUCGAAAGACUACUCCCACUUUCUGUCCAACUGUUCAUUUAAAAAAAGAAAAAGAAAAACAACCUAAACACAGCAUAAACAUGAAGUGAUAUAUGCAUUAUAAAAAAAGUCAAUCAAACAAUAAAAAAUAAAAAAAAACUCUACACCUUC